GCCGCGCCGCUUGCCGCGCGCCACAAACAUGGAGGAGUCUUGUGUCGUAUUCCCGCGCAAAUUGCUCAAAAAAAUGAUAUCUAUGUACAGGGAGCAUCCUUGUUUAUGGAAUAAGAAUUGCGUUUCGUAUAAAUUGAAACAGAAAAGGUAUGAAGCGAUAUCGAAGCUGACUCAGUUGGUGCAAGAGCACGAGCCGAGCGCGACGCGUGUGCACGUGUUGCGUAAGAUUGAGAGCUUGCGCGCGUGCGUGCGGCGGGAGCACAAGCGCGUCCGAGACAGCCGUAUCCGUGUCGCGGCCGGCGGUACCGACGGCAUAUACAAACCGAUGCUUUGGUACUACGACUUGUUCUCCUUUGUGUUCACCGAUGACGAAACGGAUGAUGAAAUUUACCAGAAAGCACAGACCGUACACGAGAACGAGAACUCGGAAGACGGUGUCAACGAUGGCGAUGAAGGUCAGCAAUUCGAGCAGUCGAUGGAGACCUACCCUGAGUACAGCGUCAGCAAUAUGGUGAACGUGGAGGACCACAAGAGGUAUCAGCUCGCGAACUUCGAAGACGACAGCAAGAACAGCAAACGACACUGUACCGAGAUAGAAGAUGAAUAUGACGCUAUAGGUAUCAAUGUAGCGGCAAAGUUAAGGAGCCUUCCUACAAAUAUGCGGAUAUUGGCUGAAAAGUUGAUCAACGAUGCGCUUUACCAAGCUCAAAUGAAUGGUCUCAAUUCUUCCUCAGUCAUCACCACUACUGACCCCUUUAAUCAAGUCAUCAUAUAACAAUAUUACGAGAUUUUAACCAAAAAUACUUGUCAACUGUAGACCAGUUGAGUUAUUUGAAAGAUUCUCUAAUGCGCCAAUUUUGAAGACGAGAACUUUUAAAUUCAGCAAUUAAAAUGUUCAUAUUUACUGGCAAAUGUCGGUAGAUGGCGUUGUAAAGAGAAAUGUACUUACAUUUGUAGCAUUCUUCACUUGAAGUCAAAGGUUUUUGUUACUUUUUAUUUAUUGUGGUAUUUACUACUUAAGUGUUAUUUUUUAUGUGAUUCUUGUAAGUGAAGAUAAAUAGUGUAUAUUAAGACUGUCGAUACUAAAUAGUUUGAAGUAAAAUGAAUUAUAUUUCGAUAGACUAACCAAGAAAUAAAAAAAUCUUUGUUAAAUCUCUUGUGCUACGUCAUGUAGUUUUAUAUUUUUCCUCAAUACAGAUUUUAUGUUCCUGAUUAAAAUAUAAUUAAUAUUAUUUCUUUUAAAUACAAUGAGGAAUAUGUCAUGUUUGUGUGUACAGUGGAAACCAACGGUUAGGGAUAUAAAAACUUCAAUAUAAUAUCACAAAUAUAUUUUAUUAUAUUAUUGUACAUACGUUUACAUAACACAAACGAAGUGGAACAAUCACUCAAAAAUAUUGGUAGAAGCUGUAAAACAUCCCAAUAAGGAUAACCAAUUUAAUACUCAAAACAGUGUAAAAGCAAAAUACAUUAAGUAAAAUUAUUAAAGUUUUGCCUAUAUUAUAUUAUUUUAUCAUAACAAAAUUGUAUAUUUUGUCUCCAAUAAAAGCAGAUAACCAAAUUUUAUUCCAAUUGUAAAGAAUAAUGAAAUUUUAAAUCUAUAGUAAUCUGUUAAAAUGUCGGGAGAUAAAAAUGUUGCAAGCACAAAAAAAUCUAUUCACGGUCUGGGGGCAGUUAUUGGUAAUGUCUCUAGGAGGGGGCUUCAAAUAUUCUUACCGAUGACGUCUAUGGCUGCGGGCUAACGUACUUAAAUAAAUAUUGAAAGGCUUUUUUAAUAACAUUUAAAUGUCACGAUAAAAUAAUACAAUUCUAGCAUUUAAAUAAACGACCAAAGCAAAUCCAUUCGGCCUUAACAAUACUUUUGGUACAAAACAACACUUCAUCAUUUACAAUUAAAAUUACUUAGAAUUAAGGUUAUGUUUAAAAAACCACUAC